UAUUGCACUAUUAGUUGAUAACUGGCAGAUAUAAAGAAAUAUAGAAAUGUAUUUGGUAUGUAAUAGCUCCACUUGAUCGCUUCGAUGACUACGUUACUAUUUAGUUGGUACCUAUAUAAAGCCAAAAAUUUGUACCAGAUUCAUACAACACUUCACCAUGAAAUUGUUUGGUUGUUUGUUCCUUCUGUUUCUGGCAGUAGCCUGUGCAUUGGUACACAAUGUACUCUGCAUCCCGGAUAACGGCGCGCCCCCGCCAGGACAAGAGCCAAAGGGCUUCCGUAACUCUUUGACGAAAAGCUUCGCUCAUCCUCCACCACCCGGCGGUUUUCCACCAUUUGGACCGCCACCACCAUUCGGUCCACCACCACAAAAUUCUAAUUCUUCCUCUUCUUCUUCAUCAUCUUCAUCUUCUUAAAAUUAUCUGAUGAUCUUGUUACACCGAAGCACCAACUUACAACUUAGAAUCCAAUAAAACUUUC